UAAGAAGCCAUAAAAGCAUCCUAAUCCAUGGAGACAAAAACUUUCCUCCAGGGCCACCAAAACUCCCUAUCAUUGGAAGCAUUCAUCACCUUCUAGGUGUAAACCUCCACCACAAGCUUAACAGCAUGUCUAAGCUGUAUGGCUCUCUUCUCCAUAUCAAGCUUGGUGAGAUUAACUCUCUGGUUAUUUCCAGCCCAGAGCUUGCCUGCCAGGUUAUGAAGACUCAAGAUCUCAACUUUGCUUCUAGACCUCCAAUAGCUGCCAGUGAGGCCUUGCUUUACAACUCCAGUGAUAUAGGCUUUGCCCCUUAUGGAACUUACUGGAGGGAGCUGAGAAAGAUCUGUACUUUAGAGCUUUUAAGUUUCAAAAGAGUGAAGUCUUUUCAUUCGUUAAGAGAGGAAGAGGGUAACAGUUUGUUACAGAAGAUCCUGUUAACUCCACAUGGAACUCCAGUUAAUUUAACCAAGAUGUUGCUUAUUUUAACAAGCACUGCAAUUACAAAGGCUGCUUUUGGGAAGGAGUGUGUUCACCAACAGAAGUUUCUGUCGGCCAUGAGGAAAGGAUUGGAGUUGGCCUCAUAUUUCAGCUUGAUGGAUUUAUUUCCUUCGUUGGGUUUUCUUAGGAUGUUCCUUAGUCUGAACUUUAAAAUGAAAAGAGUACACCGGGAAUUGGAUUCUAUAUUGAAUGACAUAAUUGAGGAACACCUUGAGAAGAAGGCUGGUGGAGAUGACAUGGAGGAUGAUCUGGUUGAUGUUCUUCUGAGGCUUAGAGAAACAGGACAACUGGAGAUUCAUCUUACAGUGGACAAUAUCAAAGCUGUCAUUUUGGGUCUAUUUGUUGCAGGAACAGACACUACAGCUUCCUCAAUAGAAUGGGCGAUGACAGAGCUCGUAAGACAUCCAGAGGCCAUGCGUAAGGCUCAAGAGGAGGUGAGAAAAUCAGUAAAAGGAAGGUCAAAAAUAGAAAUGAUUCAUAUGAAUGAAAUGAAAUACUUACAACAAGUCAUCAAAGAAACACUAAGGCUUCAUCCUCCAGUUCCUCUUCUAGUGCCUAGAGUUUGUCGUGAGACAACUAAGGUCUCAGAGUACUUGAUAUCUGAAGGUACACACGUCAUCAUCAACGCAUGGGCCAUUGGAAGAGAUCCAAAAUAUUGGAAGGACCCUGAGAGCUUUCAACCUGAGAGAUUUGAGAGGAGUGAGAUUGACUUCAAAGGUGCAAACUUUGAGUUCAUUCCUUUUGGUGCGGGGCGUAGAAUGUGCCCAGGGAUGCCAUUCGGGCUGGCUGGUGUGGAGCUCUGGCUUGCUCAGCUUCUGUUACAUUUUGAUUGGGAGAUGCCUGAUGGGAGGAAAUCGGAGGAGCUUGACAUAAGUGAGGCUUCUGGUGUAAUUCUCAGGAGGAAAAAUGACUUGUGUUUGCUUGCUUUUCCUUACAAGUCAGUACUUUGAAUAGUUUAUGUGGAUUUUCAUAAGUAAAUGUUGAA